UUCUUCUUCAUCUUUUCAUUCCCUUUCUCAAUCGGCCGCGGAAUCCGUUACCCCCCGGAAUCCGCCAUGGAAGAUGUAUAGAUUAAUAUCCACGCCGGCAUCAACAUUCGCCCAAUUCCGGCGACUCCGCUCCAGACCUAAAAUCACCGCCGCAAGUCUCGAAGAGAAAUACGCUUCACGUAUCUUACUAUGGCGGUACCAGAUCCUGGACCCAGACAGCGAAUUCGUCGCGUAUUGGAACAAAGUCUUUCUUGUCACAAGUCUCCUCGCAUUGUUCAUAGACCCUCUUUACUUCUUCCUCCCAACCGUUGGAGGACCCGCUUGUUUAACGGCAGACCCCAAAAUCAGCAUCUUACUCACCGUUCUUCGAUCAUUUGCGGAUCUUUUUUAUCUUCUUCAUAUGGUUAUGAAGUUUCGUACUGCAUUUGUUGCUCCUAAUUCCAGAAUUGUCGGUCGCGGUGAGCUUGUUAUGGAUUCUUGGGAAAUUGCUUUGCGGUAUUUGAAGUCUGAUUUUCUUAUUGAUCUUGCUGCUACCGUUCCAUUGCCUCAGAUCGUUGUCUGGUUAGUGAUUCCAGCGAGUAGAGGCACAAAAAGUGAUCAUGCCAACAACACUCUUGCACUUCUUGUUCUUAUUCAGUAUGUUCCUAGGCUCUUUCUCAUCUUUCCUUUGAACCAGCGUAUUCAAAAAACAACUGGUGUUAUAGCCAAGACUCCCUGGAUCGGUGCUGCAUACAAUCUUGUUCUCUACAUGCUAGCUAGCCAUGUUACAGGAGCAACUUGGUAUCUAUCAUCAAUUGGAAGACAAUACAAUUGCUGGAAAACACAAUGCGAUAAUGAAAAUCGAUCGCAUACCCUUUCUUGCUUGCCAAGUUUUCUUGAUUGUAAUAGUUUGGAACUCCCUGAGAGACAAUACUGGCUAAAUAUCACACGAGUUGUUACGAAGUGUGAUGCAAAGAGUAAGAUUAACAUCAAAUACAAGUUUGGAAUGUUUGCAGAUGCUUUCCUCAAUGAUGUUGUCACUACUAGUUUUAAGGAAAGAUACUUCUAUUGUCUUUGGUGGGGUUUAAGAAAUUUAAGUUCUUAUGGGCAAAAUCUGGACACCACCACAUACCUUUUAGAGACACUUUUCUGCAUUGUCUUAUGCAUUGCUGGAUUAGUUCUUUUUUCACUUUUGAUUGGAAAUAUGCAGACAUACUUGCAAUCGAUGACAGUUAGACUAGACGAAUGGAGGAUUCGGAAAAGAGAUACAGAGGAGUGGAUGAGGCAUCGACAGUUACCUCCAGAUUUGCAAGAGCGUAUCCGUCGCUUCGUUCAAUAUAAAUGGCUAGCUACAAGAGGAGUAGAUGAAGAGUCCAUACUGCUUUCCUUACCUUUGGAUCUACGCCGCGAAAUUCAACAUCACUUGUGUCUCUCUCUAGUGCGACGUGUGCCAUUUUUCUCACAAAUGGAUGAUCAACUACUUGAUGCAAUAUGUGAACGUCUUGUAUCAUCAUUGAGUACACAAGGCACAUAUAUAUUUCAAGAAGAUGAUCCAGUAGAUGAAAUGCUGUUUAUCAUUAGAGGUACAUUAGAGAGUUCUACAACCAAUGGAGGAAGGUAUGGAUUCUUCAAUUCAAUCACACUAAGGCCAGGAGACUUUUGUGGAGAAGAAUUGUUAACAUGGGCUUUAUUACCAAACUCAACCCUCAAUUUACCUUCCUCUACUCGUACCGUAAGAGCUCUUACAGAAGUAGAAGCUUUUGCGCUACAAGCAGAGGAUCUAAAAUUCGUGGCGAGUCAGUUCAAGAGGCUUCACAGCAAGAAACUUCAGCAUGCUUUUAGGUAUUAUUCACAGCAAUGGAGAACAUGGAGUUCUUGUUUCAUACAAGCAGCAUGGAGAAAGCAUCAGAAAAGGAAGGCCGCGAGGGAAUUGGCAAUUAAAGAGGGAAUUUACUUCAUGGAGGAUCCUGAGAUUGAGGAAUCAUCAGGCAAUGGUAAAAAAGUUAAAAAUCUUGGUGCUACUGUUUUGGCUUCAAGAUUUGCUGCAAAUACAAAGAAAGGGAAGAUUCAAGAUAGUGAUCCUGUGCCGCAGUUGUUUAAACCUGAUGAACCUGAUUUCUCUCAUGGUGGUGUUUAGUGAACACAAAAACAAAGUGAAAUUCAAAUUAGUUUAACACUAAUUCAAUAGGAAUUAUUUGGAUGUAAAUUAUACUGUAUUAAUAGAUUAGUAUUCUUAAUUCUUUGCCUUAACGAAUUUUGAUUAAAUUUCACGCAUUUUGCAACUUAUGCAAACACA